AAUGUGUAAUGAGGGAGCGUUUUCAAAUCUCUUAAGGUCUUCAAUAUCAUUUCAUUGGUUAUGAUUUGUUUAAUUGUAUAAAUUUAAUUAAUUUCAUUUUUUAUUCAAUUUAUUAUUUAUUAUUUAAGCAAUCCUGGAUCUUUUUAUCAGGCAUCCCAGUCUUCCACAACCAUCGUGAAGGUCCAGUUGUGACUUUUGAAAAUGCCCACAGAGAAUACUUUGGUUGAUCUUUUGGAAUUUUUACGAAACCAAUAUGAUUUCAUUUGGUUAACUUUUCAUGACUACAAGUGCAAUCAAUUCAAGAGAUCAUUGAAACGUAGUCCGGGACAGAUAAGAGCAAAUGUUUUCAACGAACCUCACAUUCAGGAACUCAUUGAAAAUGAUCCCGGAACUAAAGAAAAGAUUGAUAAAAUUAUGGAUGAAAUGUCACAUACAUUUACUUUGCGAUCCAUCCGAUUUAUUGGUUAUUUCGUUGUCAAAAUCAUGAAAUCGAUCUACCGCCAUGCCUGGAUUGAAAAUAAAAUCACCAUAAGUCCGUCAUCAUUUUAUUACGAUCCAGUUGAUCAAUCUAUUCCAUCAACUAUCAACCGUCUCGUCAAUGAAGCUCCGGUCAUUUACCUGCCGACCCAUCGAAGUUAUGCCGAUUUUUUACUCUUUUCCUACAUUUGCUUCCAAAUGAAACUACCUCUUCCUGCCAUAGCAGCUGGUAUCGACUUUUUAUCACUUAAACAAAUUGCAUCUCUUCUCCGAUCUUGUGGUGCCUUUUUCAUCCGUCGGUCUUUCAAAGGCUCUGAAAAUUCCCUUUACCGAUCUGUGUUCCGUAGUUAUGUCCAAGACUUGGUAAAGGGAGGAGAGAUGCCUAUGGAGUGCUUCAUCGAAGGGACUCGAUCUAGAACAGGAAAAUCUUUACAACCCCGUCUUGGUCUGAUCGGAACCGCUCUGCAACUUUUCUGGACUGCUCAGAUUCCGGAUCUAAUUCUGAUCCCGGUUUCCAUCUGCUAUGAUCGUAUAUUGGAAGAAGAUUUGUAUGCCAAAGAGUUAAGUCCUCCGCAAAUUGACACUUCAAGCGGUUCUAAACCCAAAGAAACGCCUCAACAUCUCCUCAAUGGUGCUAGAGCAAUCCUUGCUCAAGAUUUUGGUUCUGUUUAUAUUAGAUUUGGCUCUCCUAUAAGUUUACGAGAGUUCCCAGGAAAUCAUGAGAUUCGCCUUCAGUAUCAGACAACUUGUAAAUCAGCUGAUGGUCCACAAUGUGCUGAAGAGUUAUCAUUUGCGUCCCAGUUGUGCAGAUCAGUAAUUCAAGAGCAUCAUCGGGCUUCCAUUAUUUCACCCUUUUCACUCUUCUCUUGUACCAUCUUUUCUGAUCUAAUCUCCAAAUGCAAUUACUUGGAAUACGAACCCAUCAUUCUUGAAGAUGAUAACUUUUCUUAUAUUGACUAUUCAGUUGACCUGAUCUUAGAAACAAUGGAACAGCUCUGUGAUUUAGUUUCGGAUAACAAUUUAUCUCACAAAUUGCUCUCUCGUAGUUUAAAGGAUGAAUUUUUAUCCUCCUUACCUAUUCAUUCUAAUCUAGUCAAUUUAGAAUCAACCGAUUUACAUGAAAGUAUACGAAUAUCGUUUGAAAAUCAUUUAACUCUUGCUCGAUUUCGUAAUUAUUCAAACCAAUUUCUUCAACUGGUCAUUGGAAUUGCCAUGGUCGUCUAUUCACCAUCUUAUAAAGUUUAUACCAACCUAGAGAGGCUUCUUUCGCAAGAAUUUGUUCUAUCACCUAAAUCAUCUAGCGAUUUUGAUGCUGAAAAGAUCUCUCUUGAUAAAUUAUCUCCAAGAGUAAUAGAUUUACUCACAACCCACAUCAAUUACUUCCUAAUUAACUAUCACAGAAUAUGUCAAUGGCUAUUAUCAGUUGAUCCAUUUGAACCUCUGGAAACAAAAUCUUUUAUUCGUAAAGUUCAAAUUGAAAUUAAAGUCCCAAUGGAUAUGGUUCAGAAUUUCGUCCAAUUCUCGUUGAAAUAUGGUUCAUUGGUCUAUUCUGAAAAUCAGCUUGUUAUUAAUCGUAGCUCAAUUAGAGGUUUACUUGAUCUAAUUGUAUCAACUUCACAUAGUACGGAUUUUCAUCCAAUUGAAUCUCCAAUCAAACCUAAAUUGUAAAGCAAAAUUCAUCUUUCGGGUAGAUUAUCUGUUUUAGGUCACCCAAUAAUCUUCCAACUGAUUUUUAUCAUUGUAUACUUUUGCCUAUUUCACUCAAUAUGAAAUUACACUUGUCAAUAAUUUAAAAAUUGUAAUUUAUAAAAGAGCCUGAAAUUAGCUUUUUUGCUAAAAUGAUCUUAAUCGAAUCUUUUUCAUUCUUUCAUAGUUAACUUAAAUUUUGUUUAUGGUCAUGCAACUUGAUUACUUAACAUAAUAUAAUUGAAUUUUGGUGGACUAUUUCUCAAUAAACCUAAUCACAAUUGUGCAUUCAUAAUCAUUC